AUGAAUGAAUCGAAGCAUCAUGAUUUUCUUAGUCAAUUAUUAGACGAAUGGUAUUAUAAGAAUAAAUUAGAACUAAAUCUUCCAAACGAGAAGUUCAUUGAAGGUACAGAUUAUAAGUUAACUUUAUUGUUAAAUCAAGGAUCAGAAGAAGCUGUUAUAUCAUGCGCUUGUGGUAUUCGAAUAAAUUUACCAAAAGAACGAAUGAAUUUUUCACUCAAAUUACUAGAUGAUGUUCUUACUUAUCGUGAUAAAGAUUUUUUUGAUUUAGUGCAUAAAAAAUGUGGAGAAAUUGUAAAAUAUUUGAUGGAAAAACUUUCUAUCGAUUCUAUCAGAACAUUACUUGGGGUUGAAGAUGAUAUUUUCUCGAUCGUAGAAGAAAAUUGUAGCGCUCUAAAAGAUAUAAAGGAACGAGCAUGUUUAUGUCUGGAUGAUGGUACUGUAAUUGUCAAGCCAGGUUUACGUAUCGAUUUAGAUCGAUUCAUUGAGGCUUUGCGUACCAAAAGUAUUCAUAGUCAAAUAUCAAAAUCAACAACAGCGUCAUCUGAUAACGAUUCUUCAUUAUCUAAUACACUAGCAAAGUUUAAUAUGUUUGAAGAGAAUAGUAAUUCUUUUCUUAAAGACUUUAUCAAUAACAUUGCUAGUAAUAAAAAAAAUCGAAGAACAAUUAUCAAUAUAGCACGUCAGUGCAAAGUUUUUCUCAAGCAUUAUAUAUUAUGGGAGGACGCAACACAUAAGAAUUUGUUCGUUUGA